GACCAACAUCUCACCACGCGCACAAACCGUCAAAAUACAGCAAAAAAUUGAUCUAUUUCGCUUUCCAAUAUGAUGCCUACCAGCUACGACGCCACUCAUAUCGAUAAGACAGCCUUACAGCCAAAUUACUAUACGAUCGAGUCGGAGUACGAUACUGAUGGGUCGGUUUGGGUGGGAGUCGAUUCUAAUAAGGAUAUUGGUAACACUGCGGAGCUUGAUGGUUCUAGCGAACCAGCUGCUGCGAAUUUACUAGCAGCUAGUUCAAUAGAGCCAUCUGGUCCCGCUGCGUCGAGCAGCGCUGCCUCCCAUCCCCAGCCCGCGCAGCACCCUCGCGCAGAUGAGUAUAGGCCUCGUCGGAUCCGUCACGGCGAGCUUCGUGGUAUCGGUGAAUACAAUCUCGAUAAUCUGUGGGAGCUAUCAAGCCGUGAUCGUGAUCAUGCUCCGCCUCCAGAGGCGUUAUACGACUCUCACCAACAGGCAAAGGAGGCGGUAUUAGCGUGGGGUCGGGCCCACGGCGUCGCCUAUCGAUCAUAUGGUUGGACUGACCGAAGGCAUGUACGGGAGCGUAUAGUUUGUACCCGGCAAGGCACCGUACCCGUCCGGAAACCCACUGAGCGGCCAAGAACAAGGAUGGGUGCUACCUCUCAAAAAACUAACUGUAAGAUGGGAUUCUGGUUGGUUGCAGAAGACUAUACCAAUCUAGAUACCUGUCAGUGGAGAGUAAAAUGGAUGGAGGGGAGAAAAAGCUUUACUCACAAUCACCCUCCGGUGAAGGAUACGUCUGCGAUCGCGAUGUAUCGUCGGGCUAGCCGGGCGGUGAUCCCAGAGGAGAGGCUGAAGGCGAUACGGGCGACUUCGCGGGGAGCGAACCAGGCGCUGCAAAUGGUGCGGAGUGAGUUUCCAGGGGUUAUAAUAACGCGGCAGGAUAUCAAGAACCAAUUCUUGAAGUUAUAAAACAAGUGCCCAGCCAUCUUAUUACAAUGCUAACUCCAUACAAGUUGUGAUUGCGCGCCACUAAUGCCGACCCCUGCUUACCGCAUGGUCGAAUAACCUUUGCCUUUACAUCGGUUACUCUUGAUAGCGUACUCUAAAGAAGCUUACAACACUUUGGGACUAGAUCUAGAUCAAUGUUACGCAUUCGCUAAUCAAAC